CGUCCCGACGACACGACCAUGAGCCCGCUGCUCGCCGCCGUCAGCGCCCUGGCCGCGCUGGUGCCCGCAGGAUGGUGCCAGGUGCGGAACUCCGUGGGGCCCGCCUGCCCGGACAAGAACGGCAGGUACCCGUCGCCGUCCCAGUGCGAUGCGUAUGUGGAGUGCGUGGAGGGAGUGGCACGGGAGGUGCUGUGCCCCGAUGGCCUGCUGUUCAACCCUCGCGCACAAUUCACAUACCCCUGCCAGUACCCUGUCGACGUGGACUGCGAGGGACGCUCUGGGCUGCAACCGGCGCAGCCAACUGACCAGUGCCCCCACCAGUUCGGCUACUUCCUGCUCGGAGACGCGGCCAACUGCGGCAAGUUCCUGAACUGUGUGGACGGCCGCGGCUACGAGUUUGACUGUCCCCUGGGCCUGGCGUUCAGCCAGGAGGCUCUGCGCUGCGACUGGCCCGACCAAGUCUCCUCCUGCGAUGCAGAAGCAUUCCUAGGCUUCACUUGCCCAGCGCCCCAGGGAGUGUUCGGAGAUGAGUUCCAGUACUUCCGCAGCCCACACGACUGCCAGCGCUACUACAUCUGCGUGAACGGCCGACCACGCCUGUACGCCUGUCCCGAGGGACGCGCCUUCAACGAGGACAUUGGAGGCUGCGAUGGAAUAGAGAAUGUCACUGCUUGCUACAAUGCAGGCCGCGACCAGCAGUUCCAGCCGACACAGACUCCAGUGCAGUUCCAGCAGCGCAGGAGGGUCCAGGCGGGCUUCUCAGGCUGAGGCGCGGACAUGGUUCUCCCAACACCUCCAUCCCCCGCUCAACCCCCAGCCUUCAUCUCUGCCAUAGCAGCACACAUACCUGAGCAUCCUGCUGGAAGACUAGCCUCCUCUCUGCCCAGGCUUGGUUUGUUGCGGUGGAAUACUGGCCAGUAUUUCCUCUCCUUCCGCUUUACUGUUGAUUGCCACUACUUCCAUUUAUCUCAAUUUCAUCAAUAACAAUAGAAUAUUUUUUAUAUAUAAUUUGUUAGACUUCUUUCUCAUAUUUAAUAGUAUUCUCAAUUGUUACUUUAAACUUCUUAAACACCUAAAACUUUUUUAUAUUUCUUUAUUUGUGUAUUUAAAUGUAUCAUAGUUUUCAUUUCUAGCUAGUUAAUGAAGUAGUGUGAAUAGAUUUUUUUAAUUUUUUAUUCUGUAUGAUUUGUAACAUUUUGAAACUAAUAUUCUAUUUUUAUCUAGUGCUGUUUAGUAAUAAAAUAAAAUUUAACAAUGUUGCCAUUUUUAUUGUUGUUAUUUCUGCACCCUUAUUUGUCAGUCUAAGUUAUACAUCUAUGGCAUCCCUGUGCAAUCAUAAAAAGUUUAUAUGC